AGUUCAGAUGGACAGAUCCUCCUCGACGCCUCGCUUUUAAUACACGUACUGUGGCCUCGCUGCGCACACCAUGCUUCACCGUUGCAGCAGCGGAAGGCAGCAGAGCAUCGCCGCUGCCCCAACCAUGGCGUCCACCUUAUCCCUGUUCUUCCCGCUGCCCAAGGGCCAGUGGCCUGAGGCCGCCUGCGACGACAACAGCUCCAUCACCACCUCCCCCUCCUCCCCCUCCUCCUCGUCCACGGGCUCGGUCGACUGCACACUCUCGCUCGGGACGCCGUCAUCGCGCCGCGCCGCUGAGCCGGCGAAGCUGACCAAGCACGGCGCGCCGCAGGCGUAUCCGUCCGUGCCGUGGGGCGUCGCUGCAGACGCUGCUGAUCAUUCCUCCUACUGCCAGGGCAGCAAGCCCGCCACCGGUGCGGCCAAGGCCGCCGGGCACGACCCGCUGUUCAUGGACCGCCGCUGCGCCAACUGCGGCACCACGUCGACGCCGCUCUGGAGGAACGGCCCUCGCGGGCCCAAGUCCCUGUGCAACGCCUGCGGCAUCAGGUUCAAGAAGGAGGAGCGGCGCGCGGCGGCGACGGCAGCGAUGGAGAGCGGCGCCACCGCCGGGUGCGGCUACAGCGCGCAGCGGGCGCGGUACGGGCUGUCAGCCGCGAAGGCUUCGCACGGCGCCGUGUCGUACGUCGAGGGGGCGUUCCCGUGCGGCAACGGCGACGCGGACGGCGAUGCGUUCCAUGCAUGGCGGCUGAACGUCGUUGCGCCGGCACCGGCGCCGGCGUUCGCGGUUUGGCCGGAGCGGACGAGCUUGUUCCACUUCCACUAG